AUGUCUUCCAACUACCCCAAUUCUGACUACAUGAAGCGUGAGAGGUCCCGAUCUCCCCGCCGCCGCUCUUCGCGCAGUCCUCGACGUAGCCGCCGUUCCUACUCACCGCGCAGUCGCUCUCGCUCUCGCGACGACUACCGCCGCAACGACCGCCGCUCUCGCUCGCCUCUGAGCGCUUCUGGGCCUGGUCCUUCUGGUUCCCCCCUACGCUUCACGCAGUGGUUACGCGCAAGGCAGACCCAAGACCGUCGUGUCUAUGUGGGCAACUUGUCAUAUGAUGUCAAGUGGCACCAUCUCAAAGAUUUCAUGCGGCAGGCCGGAGAGGUUCUCUUUGCCGAUGUUUUACUUCUUCCAAAUGGAAUGUCGAAGGGAUGCGGGUACGCCACUUCGAAAUACGCCAUGCAUAAAACAACUGCUAAUCUAGGCACCAGGAUUGUGGAAUACGCAACAAGGGACCAAGCACAAAAUGCUGUCAACACGCUCAGUAACCAAAAUUUGAUGGGUCGUCUCGUUUAUGUGCGCGAGGACCGUGAAGCCGAACCUCGAUUCAUCGGCGGACCCCAGCGCGGGGAUUUCGGUGGUGGAGGCCGCGGCGGCUUCGGUGGUGGAUAUGGCGGUGGACCAGGGGGCGGUGCACCUGGUCGUCAGCUAUACGUGUCUAACCUCCCUUUCAAUGUGGGCUGGCAAGACUUGAAGGAUCUGUUCCGUCAAGCUGCCCAGCAGGGUGCGGUUAUUCGCGCAGACGUCCAUACCGAUCCCACCGGCCGUCCGAAGGGAUCCGGAAUUGUUGCCUUUGAACACCCCGAUGAUGCUCGCAACGCCAUCAGUCAAUUCAACGGAUACGAAUGGCAGGGACGCCCACUUGAGGUCCGCGAAGAUCGUUUUGCUGGAAGUGGUGGAGGCUUCGGAGGUCGUGGCGGCUUCGGCGGCGGCCCUGGUUUCGGUGGCCGCGGCGGUGGCUUUGGUGGUCGCGGAGGUUUCGGAGGUCGUGGAGGCUUUGGCGGAGGCUAUGGUGGCCGUGGCGGCUUUGGCGGCGGUCCUGGUUUCGGUGGCCCUGGUUUCGACAACGCUCCAGCUCCCUCUGGCCCACCAAAUCCUUUCACCGACUAUGCUACCUCUGGCGGCGACAAAAGCGCUGUCAUCUACGUGCGCAAUCUCCCCUGGUCCACUUGCAACGAAGACCUAAUCGAUCUUUUCUCGACCAUCGGCAAAGUUGAGCGGGCCGAGAUCCAGUAUGAAGCGAAUGGCCGUUCCCGUGGCACUGGAGUUGUUGAGUUCGACACUCCCGACACUGCUGAGACUGCUAUCGCCAAGUUCACCGGCUACCAGUACGGCGGACGCCCUCUGGGUAUUACCUUCGUCAAGUACCUGAACGCAGGCCCCGGCCCCGAGAUGAUGGAUGGUCCAGAGCCUACUGGCGGCAUCACCCAGGACCAGAUCAUGUAA